UGUGCAGAUAACACCUCGAACGUAUCGAUGACCUGCUCCAGUUUUAGACUGUCGAGCUGCACUUAUUCGUACAUGACAAUCACUGGACAAGGACUCAGCAAAAGGUAUUGCGGAACAAAGUCCACUUUCACCGAAGUAAGCGGAAAUGACCAGAUGGCAGUGCGCUUCUUUUCGAGAACACGUACUAACCUUGGCUUCUCCUGCACAGUUAGUUGCUCAGGAACAGCACCAAAUACAACUACAACUACAACUGCAAAUACAACAAUGACUGUGCAAUGCCGAUGUGGCAGACGAAAUCCUGUGACUAGGAUAGUUGGAGGAGUGCCCACAACAAUGCAUGAAUAUCCUUGGCAAGUUGCGCUGACAUCAACUACGGGAACCAGGCCAUUCUGCGGUGGAUCUAUCAUCUCAGACCAGUAUAUCCUGACAGCAGCUCAUUGUGUCUCUGGAUCACAGCCAUCAAGUGUCAUUGUCGUCAUUGGAGAGCAUAUCUGGGACACAACAACGGAAACAAACGUAACACAGAGGAGAGCAGCAUCACAAAUCAUGGUGCAUUCAGGUUACAAUAGAAAUACUCAGGACAAUGACAUCGCACUGAUCAAACUCACAAGUCCAAUUACUUUCCCAGCUGACAACAAGAUCGCUCCUGUGUGUCUUCCACCCGCUGGCAAUUUAUACGAUAGCGUAACUGCUACUGUUACAGGCUGGGGAACUACUACUUCAGGUUUGUGUGUCUCAAAUAAGAGUCUACAUGUCACUGAUACCUGCAAAGAACAGUCAGGUUCUUUGCUGAUCUAGACUAAUCAGUCCGAA